UAGUUCUCUAUUGUUUAGUCACCGCUUCAUGGGUUCCUGAAGGUACUACAAGUCCCAAAAUGCCUCACGCGAGGUCGUUAUUGUGUGGGCGGAACAUAGGUACCUAGGUUACGGUUUAAAUGAUCUUCUAAAGUGAAGUAGAGGCGAUCGGUAUCUCUUCCAAGUGACAGUACAAUGAGCUGGGACACACAGUUGAAUUCCAUUCUGACUGCGACGGAGAGCAACAUGGCCAAAAUCAAGGAAAGGCUGUACAACAGAGGAGAGCUGUCGAAAGAUCUAUGCUUUGAUUUGCCACGCGUGAAGACAACUCUGUUUGAAGAAGAAUCACCUCAACUUGCUGCACCAUAUCUCUCUCAUACAACUAACUUCAACCAUUUAACCUCUUCUGAUGAACUGGCCAAUCUAAGCAGCCAAUUGUUAUCCCAGGACAAGAUGAUUGCUUCCCUUCAUCAGGCACUAGGCAGGCUGGAGAGAGACAGGGAUCAGCAGCAACAACGAAUACAGAGCCUAGAGGAUGAACUGCGCCACCUGCGAGGAGCCCAGGUUGGUUUGACCGAGUCUGUACUUGAGCGGAAGGUAGAUGGACUUCGACAAGAAUUUUUUAAUGAACUGAGGCGCAUUCAGGAAAAACUAAGGGACUCCUCAGCAAGAGAAACUUACCACGGACAGCAUUCUACAGCCAGCAUUAUGCAAGAAAUUACAGAAAACAAAAGACUUCUUUGGAAAGAAUGUGAAAGCCUAAGAAGAGACAUUGACUUCCUGCAGCAAAGAUUCCGCCGACAGGAGGAUGACAUGCUGAGGCAGCUGUCGGAGGGACAAGAGGUGAAACGAAUGCAGGAGAGAAAUACAAAGAUGCUGGAGGGUAUAGUAAGCAAUCACCAAGCAAACACAAUGGAUUUGAACAGAACAAGAUCUGACACACAGGAUUUGCAGAGAUGUCUACUACAGAUCAGAGGUGAAAUUGGAGAACUGAAGGACAACCUGAGAAUUCUGGAGCGGAAAAUAAAUGACCCAAGUUCAGUACAAAGAGUUCGAAGUGAGAAAUCCAAACCAUCAAUACGAAAAAAGAAAAGCAUCAAGAUGCCUUCUUCAUCGUCCACAGAUGACACUGCCUCUCAGCUUAGUCUGGCUGAUAUCAGCUCUGAGGAGACUUCAUACAGCCUGGAUCUCCCUGUUUCUGCUCAUGGUUCAAGCGGUAGCAAUGAGCACAAUAGCCGAGAUAAGAAGACGAGAAGCAUUCUUAUUGAAGAUGACUUUAGUGAUGAUCUGGAUGAACUGUCUGAUACACCCCCAGAACUGAAUUUCAGUGACCUUUGACUAGGAUGAUUCCAAACAUGAUGCCACAUACUGAACUUAUCUGUCUCCCAAAUGCAAGGAAACUAAAAUCAAUGUGGCAAUUUUUGUAUGUUUGUACAAAUGGACAUGCCCUACAUAAUCAAAUGGGGGAAACAUUUUCCAUUUGGUUUUUAGUUUCACACUGUUUAUUUAUAAUCCUAUCCAAUAUGUAUUUUAAGGGGAAAGUAUCUGCAUUAUAUAAAUACACAUAAUUCUCCCCAAAACAGAGAUAUUUUGCAGCUUCCCAGUCUAUUAAAAUGAGGCUGGGCAGUUUCUGGAGUAGGCUUUCUGUAAUUGGUGUAUGUUUUUUUUUUUAAUGUAAUACUUUUCAGAAGCCUUGCUGUAUUCCAGUAUGGUUAGCAACAACAUAGUUCCAAAAGCUUUUAUACUUGUUUUUUUAUAAUUUAAAAAAAAUGUAAACAAAAAAAAAGAGAAAUCACUUUUGAGUUUAUUUAAAAUAUUGUGAAUGGUUUUUAUUUAAUUACAUAAGGCAAAUUAUACAGUGCUAUGACCACAGAUGUUUUAGUGCCAAUCCUCUUUAGUUGUGGUUCAAAUUAGUUAUAAAAAAAUUCAUUAUUUUAAAAGGUUGAAUGAGGAGAGGAGGUAUAACAGUUUGGAAAGUGGGCCCUCAAUCUAAGGUUUUCUGGUGGGCCCCUGGUAUCCCAAUCCGACACUGUCCAGGACGUUCUGGGUGGUCCAUGAUGCUACAGAAAUUGUGCUCUCUGCACUAGAAGAACCAAAUUUCCGGUUUGAAAACCAGAAAUUCAUCUCUUAAAGUUACAGGGGCAGCAUUUUUUUGCUUACAUUGGCCAAGAUGUGUUAUGACCACUUCCUGCUACACUUUAAUAUAGUGUAUGGAAAGGGGUGGGUCUUCCUCUUUGGCUCCUGGUGUCCUAACCAUCUGGAUGUUCCCACUGAGCUUGGGUACACCAAGUCCCAGUAAAGCCCUUUUGCCCUAGAGUGACCAGCACCUGUAGUGUACAAGUCGGGGAGCAGGGACCCCAUGAACGAGGCUAGCUAGAGACAGUAUUAGAACUGUUAUAGUACUCUCUAGGAGAGUAAAGGUGACCAUACACGGGCCGAUAAAAGCUGCCGACAGACUUAUUGGCCCGUGUACGGGGCCCUCCAAUGGGCUUCCCCAAUCAAUAUCUGGCAGAAAGUUGGCCAGAUGUCGAUCGGACGGGACUAAAAAUCCUGUCGGUUUGCAGCCGCAUCUGUUCGUUGAUGCGGUCCCCUGAUCUGACCGUCCGUUACUCAUCCCACCUCAAGAUGGGCAUAUCGGGGAGAGAUCCGCUCGUUUGGCGUCAUCGCCAAACAAGCGGAUCUCUCCGUGUAUGGCCACCUUUAGAUAUUGAGGAGAGAAAGAGCAGCUUUGUGCUCCAAGGCUCCUAGAUUGCCUUUAGUGAAGCACCACAGUGGAUAGGUUGUCAGGCUUAGACUUCUUCUCCCUGACCACUCCACUGGGUUGGAUCCGCACCACUUUUGAGGUAUAGCUGCUUGGAGGUCUACCUUACUACUUGACUACAUCUGCAGGAGUCACAUAAAUUGUCUAAUCCAACUGUUUUAGCCUGCUGAUGUUAUUCUGCAUAUGCCUCAUUGAUGUGUAAGUAACCCUGUGGAUCAUUUGUCUCUGACAAAUAAACUGUCACUCCUUUGUUUCACUGCAA